UUAUACUUAAGCAACCAGCAAAAAUUACACCUUUUUCUGCCGUCACAUUUCUAAUUUGGCAUUUAAACGUACAUGAGAGAAACGUUUACAAAGCAACCACCAAACAUUCAGAGUAAACAGAUGCAGUACAAGUCAUACCAACCAGAAAAACUUAAUCAAUAAUAAUGAUUAUUUACAUCAGAUAAACCACAGCACGCAAAACUAUUUCGGCGGCUACUUGCUGCCGAAAUACAUCGCAAUUUCACUUUACUCUGACCAAAUCGAAAAGUUCUUUAUAAUAACUUAUUUAUAAUAUUAGUCACAAACAAAAUCAACAAGCCCUUUUAUACUAUAUUUGCGUAAAUAUCAUUAACCAACCGAUCCACUGAACCGCAGUUCCCGGUAAACUUUCUACGUCUAAAACUAUAGCUAAAACUCGAACUUCAUCAAUUGAUUCGUAACCAAAAAUGCCUCGAGGACGUGGAAAAGGUCCACGCGGAGGAUCAUCCAGGGGCGGAAGAGUCUCCAAAAGUAGACGAGGAGGAAAAAUCUCCAAAGCACUCACGACAAAACUACGGAGCGACGACAACACUCCGAAAGAGACUCAGAACUUGGAUAUUGGCAUUGAAGAUGUUCGAGGUUUGUUCAUAAAUAGCACUUCAUUCGAGCAACACUUCCAGUCUCAACAGAAAAAUCCCCCGGGUUACCAAGCAGCCAUGCUAGUUCUAAUUAAACACAAACUCGAACUCAGUUCUGGGUCUAAAGCCAGGGCUCUGGCGGCUGCCAUUGCCAGACACGACCACGACUUGUCCAAAGUAAUGCUUAAAAUGCCAGAAGUAUUUGGCAUGGUCGAAGUCACGAAGGCGCUAUCCAUGCUGGACGCAAGCCGGCAACUGAAAAUAUCUGAGAAGCGACUCGAAAAACUGGACGCUAUGAAAACUGAACUCGGCUACAAGGUAAAGGACAGCAAAUUCUCAAAAUUGAAAAACAAAAUCGGAAACCUUCAGGCACUUAAAGUCAAUGGAUCUUUGAGUGGGGCAGUCGCAAAGCAAAUCAAGAAGUGGACAUGCACGAUUCCCAAGUCAGAACUGGAAUUCUACGCUUUGCAUUUUCCCAAGGAUCCCUGGAAACAGGUAGCUGAUUUGUGCCAUUUAAACCCAAAAAAAGACUUUCAACUAGAAUGGUUCCUCGGGUUCUGCUUCGGAGGUGAAGCUCCAGAAGAUUCUCUUGUUCACCAAUGUUCCAAAAUCACCAAAGAAAACUUAAACGAAGUGAUUCAGUCAAUUGACAUUCCAUACGCGUAUUUGAAGAAGCUUAAAGACUGGUUCGACAAUGAAACUAAAAUUAUAAUUGCCAGGAAGCAGGAUUUGACUACCAUCAUCUGGUGGUACGAAGACCUCGUAUGCCCUGAAGUCACCAAGAUCAUAGAAGAUAAACUAAACGCCGGCCAAAAAGUCAGUUUCAGCUAUGGAAAACUCAUGGAGCGCAUUUUCACGCUGAACAAAAGCUCUUCAAACAAGCAAAUUGUAGAGAAGCUAAUCGACCAAGCCGAGAACCAACUUCGUGAAAUUUCACUCACGCUCAAAUCGCCUAUAGCUGUUUUGGGCGACAAAAGCAGCUCUAUGCAAGUUUGCGUCACCACAAGCAACAUUAUUGCCAGUUUGCUCACAAUGAUAUGCGACGCACAUAUCAACUUCUUCGAUUCCCAGGUAGUUGAAGCUCCCUUUUACCCUUCCAGUGUGGAAUCUGUUUUGAAACUGAGUGAAACUAUUCGAGCUGGAAGAACUACUGCUCCUGCUGCUAGUUUGUGGCCCUUUUAUGAAAAGAAGCAACCAAUCAACACCUUCAUAGUCGUAACAGACGAAGAAGAAAAUACUUCAUACAAGGAUUUUAGAUUCACUGAAUUGUACAAAAAAUACACCGAAGAAAUUCAUAAAGCCGAGCUAGUUUUCGUCUCGUUUCUUCGAGGUCAACACGACGAAGGUCAAAUGGUCAAAGAUCUGAAGAAAAAAGAAGCUGUAAAAGGCGAAGAUCUGAAACAAUUCAAGUUCGACGCAGCUCGACCCGACUUGACCAAACUUGAUCACAUGUUUGCUGUCUUGUCCACAAGUGGAGAUUGGUAUGAAGUCGAAGUCAGAGAAACCAAAGCAAGAAUCGAAGCUGAUGGCCUAUUGAGCGCCGCUUUCAACAAAAUUAAUUUGGCAGAAGAGGAUAAAAAGGAUGGCUGGGAGUGUAUUUAAACUCCAUCUAUUUUUUAAUUAGUAGUAUAAAAUCACCUGUACAAAUAACGCGCUGUACAAAUUUUAAAUAUAACCUAAUAACUUGCACCAAGAUAUUAUAUUGUUUGACCAGAAAAUUAUAGCUUCAAUACUAAAA